AUGAAUCAAGCACAAGCAGUGAAACUAAACUCCAUGGAGACUCGUUCUAACAUCACUGAGAGCCACGUUGAAGUUCUGAAGAGAAACAGUCAAGACAGGAAGGUGGCUUUCUCAGCCUCACUAGCAGCACCUGGUCAACAAGGACACACUGGAACCUUCAACACUGGAAUCACCCUGGUUUACAGAAAUAUCUACUCAAACAUUGGCAAUGCUUAUAACCCCACUACAGGGAUCUUCACAGCACCAGUGAGAGGACUCUACCUGUUCAGGUUUUACAUCUAUGGAGGGGGACAUGACACUAUUGUACAUGCUGUACAAGCUAGUGGUGGAAUGAAUUCCUCCAAUGGAGUGUCACUGCUGCUGGAAGUAGGAGAUGUGGUCAACAUGUAUCUCUGGGCUGGGAGAAAGAUAUAUGAUGAUGCAAAUCGCCACAGUACCUUCAGUGGUCACCUGCUCUUCACUAUGUAG